UCUGCACUAUCUCAUCAUUCCAAUGAUUGUCAGCGAGAACACUCCUCCAGUAAACAAAAGCUGCACAUUCAUGGGGCCUAGUGAGAGAGAGAGAGAAAGAGAGAUCUCACUUUCUCUUUCUCUUCUUACAAAGCAAAAAAUAAACAACAAGUAAAGAUCACAAAAGAAUAUCUUUAGUUGUUGUUGGCCUUCUUUAUUAAAGCAAGUUCCCCCUCUGCUCCCUUUACAAAUUCAAAAAAUAAAAAAGAAAAGAAAAGAAAAAGAAAUAUCUUACUUAUACAUAUAUCAAGCACACUAGUCGCUAGCAAGCUAGUAGUUGAGUUUGAGUGCAUGAGGAGGUUAAUAAUCCAAAAAAUCUACCUUAGUUUGCACUCAAAGAACAAGAGCUGAACCCUUAAUAUACCAAUUCCCUCAUCACCCUCACCAGUCACCCCUCAAAUUCAAAAUGUCCUUACAAGUUCAACCACUGCCACAGCAACAACAAUCACAGCAAUUCCAACAACCUGUCCAACAAGUGUAUCCAACCACUUACACAUAUGAGUCACCCCCUCACCAUUCAAAUGGCUCAUUUGGCUCAGUGUUUGUUGUUCUAGCCAUAAUCAUAGUCAUUUCCGCCGUCGCAUGCUGCCUCGGACGCCUUUGCGGCCGCAAGAGCCACGGCCACAGCCUGAAACAUUCCAAGCAGCAAAAGCAGCAGAAGCAGAAUCAGAACCACCAUGACUUCCGGCCUACUAAGGAAGUGGACAUUGAAUUUGGCUUUGACAAGAAGAUUGCAGCCUCCAAGCCUAUGAAUGGACAUGGUUAUGGUCAUGGAGGAGGAGGAGGAGGAGGAAGAGGACCACCUAAGCCACUUGGUCCUCCUCAUCAUGGUGGUGGUGGUGGUGGUGCUGAUAUGAAUAUGAAAAGUUUUGAAUUAAAACUUGGCCCCCCUCGAAAACUAAGGGCAGGAGGACCAUGAUGCAAGGGAAUAAUUUGAGAGUAACAUUGUUAUUAUGAUUAUGUUAAGUAGAAUAUGCCACCUUAUUGUUGGCUAUACUUUCUAUAUAUUAUCUUCUGUGUCUUAAUAUCUCUUCUUAUUAGAUCUCCCACUACAAGAACAAGAGAUGAUGAAAUGUACAAUAUAAUUAUCUUCUGUGCUUUUAUUUUUGCCUAUAUUUUCUAUUGUCUUUGUUCUCUGCAACUGCAGUAUGGAUUUGUAAAAUUAAACACAAUGUAAAAUCACAACUAGUUCAAUUUGAAAUUAAUGGAUUGACUGGUUAUUUUAAAGAGAACUAUGGUUUUGGACUA